AUGCUCUACGACAUGCACUGCCCACCAAGCUACAAGCUCUACGAGAGCCGCCCCCUCCCGCCCCUCCCGCCCGGCGCGACGCCGUCUCCCCGCGCCUCGCCUACGCCGGGCGGGCGCAUGCGCCGCCCAACGUCGUCGUCGUCCUCUGCGUCGUCUUCGCCCUCCUCUUCGCCUUCGCAAUCACCCUACGCUUCUCCCCACGCGUCUCCCCGCGCUUCGCCCCACUCGCUCUACGCCUCGCCCCACUCGCUCUACGCGUCGCCCGCCCCCCCGCUCUACGCUUCGCCCACCCCCUCGCCCUACGCCUCGCCGCCUCCGUCCCCGCCCCUCCCCGCCCCCCCGAGCCUGUACACGCUCGCGAACGUCUCCUUCAUCCAGCACGGGCGGCCGCCGCGCGCGCGGCACGCGCCCCGCGUCUCCCGCUCGCCCAGUAGCCUCAGCAUGCCGCUCGCGCCGCUGCACGAGUGCAAUGUCGAGACUGCCGCGCGCGCGGGCGAGUGGCUCGCAUACACACACGGACUGGAUGCGCUAGACGCCGCGGCGCGCGCGCUCGGCGACCGCGUGGUGCGCAGGGACGGGGAUGCGCGGCGCGCGCGGCGCGAGGCCGUCAUCAAUGCGUCGAGGGCGGUGCUGCGCGGGGAACUAUGA